AUGCAAUGGCUUCAUGUUGUUCAACCAAAUUUAGCAGCAGGUCAUUAUGGUUAUAUUUCUGAUGAAUAUGGACGACAUGUAAUAUUACGUGGCGUUGAUGUUGAAACAGAACAAAGAAAUAUUCCUGCUGAUCAAGAUAGACCUAUUGAUCCAUCAUUAUAUGAUGGUCGAUGUCCAUCGAAUAAUAAUGUUUAUCAAGAACCUCCAACAUGUGACAUAGAUUAUGGUAAAGGAAUGUAUAAUAUCAAUGAUGAAUGGUAUAGCCAUAAUGAUUUUGCUCAAAUAAGAAGAUGGGGUUUUAAUGUUAUUCGAUUAUGUUUGAGUUGGAGUGCAUUAGAACCAACACCAGGAAAUUAUAGUAAAAUGUAUUUAGAACGCGUCGAACAGAUUGUUAAUUGGGCAUCGGAGCAACAAAUCUAUGUUAUACUUGAUAUGCACGAAGAUUUAUAUACUCGUUAUAUAUUUGGUGAUAAAGAACAUGAAGUUCCGCCUUACCUAAUAGCAUCGGAUGGACAAGAUGGUGCUCCUCAAUGGGCAGUGAUGACUGAGGAUUGGCCUGCACUAGCCCUCUUAGGCAUUGGAAAUUUAAAUUUAGCAAUGAUGAAAGCAUUUGAUAAUUUUUAUAAUAAUGCCAUACCACCCAAUUGCACACAAGGAGACGCACCUGGACCUGGUUUACAAGAUCAUUACAUUGGAGCCAUUGCCUUUUUAGCAAAAGCAUUUGUGAAUAAUAGUGCAGUUUUAGGAUUUGAGAUAAUGAAUGAGCCAGAGCCUGGCACACAUGCUGAUCAAUAUACAUUUUCUAGUGAUUAUCUAUAUCCAUUUUAUAAGCGUGUUAUUCAAGCUAUAACUGGUGUUCGUGAUGAUCUGCCAGAUUGUCCAACACAUGCUCCAACAGGAUCGAAUUGUUCUUACCCAAGUUUGGGAAUUGAUGAUCAACAACAUUUAUUUUUUUUUGAACCAACUGCAUUUCGAAAUUUAUUGGACUACAGUCCUCAAUAUUCCGUACCAUUUACAUCCUACGAAAAUAUCGUCUAUGCGCCUCAUGUUUACACUCAUAUAUUCACAAUCGAUAGUAUAUUACAUAUCAAUGAAUCAAAUUAUCCACCAUCAUUUGAUUUUGCAUAUGAAUCGGCAUUGAACGAAUCUAUUGGUUUGCAAAGUGCGAUUCUAGUUACAGAAUUCGGUUGUGGUACAGAUGCCGAUGAGAGACUAUUAAUUCCGACUGUUGAAUCUCAAGAUAAAGCAAUGAUGUCUGCAACAAUAUGGCCAUGGAAAAAUAAUUGCUUUCAAGAAGGUUGUGAAACAAGUUGGAGUUUGUACGAUUCAGGUACAUUAAACGGUACAGAUGCAACCCAAAACGGUCCUGAACGUCCGAAUCGUGUGCGAAUAUUAUCUCGCGUACAUCCACGUGGUGUCAUCGGACAAUUAAAGCAAUAUUUUCACAAUACAACAACAUCAUCAUUUACAAUGACUGCUAAUUGUUUCAAUAAAACAUUGUUGCUGUCAAGUAAUGAAACAAUAGUCUAUAUACCGAGACGAUUAAAUAGUUCAGUAGUAAAUGUUACCGGUGAAGCUAAGCUACUGAGAAUAAUUCAAAAUCCCGAUGAAAGUCGUUUGGUUAUUAUCAAUCCGACAUGCAAUGGGCAAUAUCAUUUAUUUGUUGCCAAUAAUACAAAUCAAAUACUUAAUUUAUAUCAACAAACAUUGAAAACUGAACAUUCUAAUGUUGAAUUAAAGAAUCACCAAAAAACUAUAGAAUCAAUGAAAAAAGCCUACGAGUUAUUUCAGCUGUUACAUAUCGCUGCUGUUAAAAUUGGUGAAACAUUUGCUUCAACGUCUUCAAAAUUUGCAAAUAAAUUGGCAGCACUGCAACAUGCUGUUGAAAUCAAUAUAAAAGAUAUAAUACCAUUGUUGAACAAACAUCGCAAACAAAUUUAA